AUGAUAAGCCUGUUCUCGCUCUGGAUGGCCGGAAGGCCGGCCACCAAGCGACUCAGCUUCGGCUGGUACCGCGCCGAGGUGAUCGGAGCACUGACGUCGGUGAUUAUGAUCUGGGCCGUCACGGGUGUCCUGGUGUACAUGGCGAUUCUCCGGAUGAUCAACAAGGAGUACAACAUCCAAGCUGACAUAAUGCUCGUUUCCGCCACCGUUGGAGUUAUCGUCAACAUAAUCAUGGGUUUGGCCCUCCAAAUCCAUCCCGUACGACACAAUCAUCGUACCGGAACCGAAGCGCCACCAGAGAGGCACGAUGGGGUCAUGAACCUCAACGUGAGGGCAGCCUUCAUCCACGUCCUUGGUGACCUUAUCCAGAGUGUGGGCGUUCUCUUGGCAGCCAUCAUUAUAUAUUUCUGCCCCAACUGCGGCGUGGUGGACCCGAUCUGCACGCUGCUGUUCUCGGUGAUCGUGCUGGUGACCACGCUGGCCAUCCUCAAGGAGGCGCUCAACGUACUCAUGGAGGGCAUCCCACGCUCCGUCGACUACCACCAGGUGCGCGCCAUGCUGCUCUCCGUCCAGGGUGUGGCGCGCGUCCACGACCUCCACAUCUGGUCGCUCAGCCUGGACAAGCUGGCCGUCUCUGCACACGUCGUCCUCGUUCCCGGCGCGAAUUCCAUGGAGGUUCGUCGCAACGCCUCCCGAGCCAUCAGACGCAGCUUCGACGUCUUCAAGUUGACGCUGCAGAUGGAGGAGUACGAGGAAGGCAUCAGGCACCACUGCCGCCAGUGCAUCGAACCCAACUAGAACCCCGGUCUUCGGGAUAUUG